AUGGCUGAUCUUGCUGAUCGACCACUGUUUGGCGAAACAAGAUCUCGAGAUCGAAUAUCAUUUGUAAUUAUAACUAUUCUCACGACAAGUUUUGUUAUCACAACAUUUGGUAGUAUAUUCUUCUUCAAUCAUAUUAAAGUGACUUUCAUUUGUCUAAGUCUUUGUCUUGUCCUGUUACUUGCUUCACAUUUAUGUUUGGCAUUUUGGUAUCGAUCAGGUGUUUUAGAACCACGUUUUCGAAAUAUGUUAUAUUUCAAUACCGCUGUGAUCAUCUUAUUCUGCAUUUGUUCAAAUAUAAUUAUUAGUGAAAGAUAUACAUAA